GGGAGGAGGCGGGAGUCUGCACGCUGGUGUAGUAUAUAAGAAUGGCGCCAGGAUGGGAAUGGCAGACUAACUCAGAAGUCUUCAACACAUACACCAUGGGCAAGACUGUGUUCUUCGUGCUGUCUGUGCUGGUGCUGGUGGCCGCCGCCCUGGCAGACCCCAACCCAGAGCCUGAGCCUGAGCCUGGAUACCUCAGCCGUGGCUAUGGCGGAUAUGGCGGAUUUGGUGGAUUCAGAGGAGGCUACGGUGGCUACAGAGGCGGAUAUGGCGGCUAUGGUGGUGGCUAUGGCGGCUACGGGGUCGGCUACGGUGGUGGCUAUGGUGGCUACAGACGUGGUGGAUACGGUUAUUACGGCUAACUCCAGGGUGUCUCCUGCAAGCGACAACGUCCUAGGUCAUGCAACAAACAAUACCGACCAUCAAAUCAUGUUUUCAGUAAUAAAUUCGUUCAGUCUUU